UUAGUAGGCCCUGAAUUAAAAAAUAAAUUUAAUAAAAGCGAAAAGACUAAAUUAGCCUCAAGUAUAUAAGAGACGUCACCUACCUUUCUCUCGUUCAGACGCCAUUAUUUCAUUUCCAAGGAGAGAGAAAACAAAUCUCACUCACCUGAAACAGAAAGAAAUCUAGAAAAAAACCGAAAAAAUCAAGAAAUCUUCCUGAAAUCUGUUCCAAAACAAAGAUCGAGAUCAAAAACUAUUCAUCAUUUGCUAACCCCUAAAUCAGAGAAACAGAUCGAAAAAGUUUCAGAUUCAAAAACCAAAAAAAAUCAAAAGAAACAGUUUCAGAUUCAGUUUCAUUAUUCGCCGUUGUUACUUUCCUGUUGAUGAAAUACUCCGACGAUUAAUCACUAGAUCGGAGAAGGAGAACAAUCGUUUGUGCAUAAAAUCCAUGAAAUAACUGAUUAAAUAGAAACAAAGAUUCAGAAUCAAAUUUCUUUUGGAAUAAAAAUGGUGAAAGGAAAAAUGAAUCCCCCUAGAAAAGAUGAUACAAUUACAGGAAACCUAAGGCAGUCGUUGAAUGCAGUAAAGGAUUUAGUAAAGGUGAUAAAGCCUAUAGGACUGACUGAUAGGGCUCAAAGAUAUCUUAGGAGAGCUGCUUACGGAGAACUCGUAAUGAUGUAUUACGAUGACUAUGAUACAACUGUACCAACUACAACAAGACAGAUAACUACCAACAAACACGGCGUCUUGAAGCUCUUGAACUGCUUUGACAUGGAUUGUGAGACACCAUGUUCAUUCAGGUUUGCUGAUGAUAAGAUUAUAGAGUCUACACCGGCAAAGCUGGCUGGUAUAUUUUGCAUGCAGAGGAUUGGAAGCAGAAAGGGUCAGAAGCUGUUAAAGUACUAUUGUCCUAGUGAUUUGACUGACAAUGUUUUAUACAGCAAAUACUUCACCGAUAUCAAAUCUACAAAGCAUCAGACGACGGUGACUAAGACAAACAUUUUAGAGAAGAUAAAACAACUUAUGGCAAAAAGGAGAAAAAGUGGGAAAAGAAAGAAAGUUGAUGAAAAGGAUCUAGUUUGCCUGAUAGGUCUUUAUCUUUGUUGUGUAUUGUUUUUUGGCGACAAAAAUGCCAAUGGAGUGAACGCGAAAUAUCUUAGUAUCGUUGAAACUUAUGAUACGGUGCUCAAGGUGUCGUGGCCUGAUUUAAUACACGAGCACUUGUUUGAAGAGAUUCAUACUAAUCUUAGUUGUUUGUCAAAUGUGAAGGCUUGUGUGCAAUACCUACUGGUAAAAAGCUUGUGUGUAAUUUCUAUUCCAGCAGUUUUAGUGUUACGUGAUGGAUAUUUUUGUUCAAUCGACUAA